AUGCCUCUUCUACGCCCAUACGCAGCAUUAUCGAGUUUCACACGCCGAGUAGCUCCUCGCACCAUCCACCAGACAACUGCAGCUCGGCCUAUCUCCUCAACAUGCCCACGAUUUACCCAGGGUUACGGAGAUGGAGAGGGAGAUCCUAGAGGAGAAAAUCCUCAAGACCAAGGACCAUCAAAUGGGACGAAGGAACAUGCUGAGCACCCAGGACCAGCACCACCAAGUGAAGGAAAGGGUACCGGAGGCGGGCCCACAAAAGGCGGCAGCUCACCAGAGGAUGCUUCAGCGCAAUCUGGAGGAUCAAGGAGUAAAGAGGCAAAGGAGACUGGUUCCAGCCCAACGGGAGGAGAGGUGGGCAAGAGUGACGGUAAGAGCAGCAGUAGUGAAAGGCCUGAAGAGAAGAGCAAAGAUGGAGCGAGACCCAAAAUCACCAACCACGAUGUUCCUGGCUCCGGCAAUUCCAAGGACAAGGAGGCAGAAGUUGAGCAACACAACAAGGAGUUUGAGAAAGGGCACGAUAGAGCUCCUCCAGCCGACGUCGAGAAGGUUGACAGCAAGUUCUGGAAGGGUAAAGGAGGAUCGGUUGAUAAUCAGUAG